AUGGAUCUUAAAAAAGCAGUAGUUAAAAAUGCUGACAUGUCAGAGGAUAUGCAGCAAUUCGCUGUAGACAUUACAGCUCAGGCUAUGGAAGAGCAUAAUAUUGAAAAAGAUGUUGCCACUUUUGUUAAAAAAGAAUUUGAUAAGAAAUAUGGACCUACAUGGCAUUGCAUUGUGGGAAGAAACUUUGGAAGCUACGUGACACAUGAAGUGAACCACUUUAUAUACUUCUACUUGCAAAAUGUUGCCGUUCUUCUCUUCAAGUCGGGUUGA